AGAAGAGAGAGAGAGAGACACAUGGAGGAUCCUUCUACAGAAAAAGGUGAAAUGAAACAAGCAAACUCAUCAGGAAUUCGAAAGGGCGGUCUAAGAACCAUGCCAUUCAUCUUAGCAAAUGAAUCAUUUGAAAAAGUGGCAAGUUUUGGACUAUCUCCAAACAUGAUAAAAUACCUCAUGGUUGAUUACCAUAUGAGUUACGCUAGGGGCACAAAUGUCGUUUUAAACUGGACGGCGGCGACCAAUUUCUUACCGUUCUUCGGAGCUUUUCUCUCCGAUUCAUAUAUCGGCCGGUUCCUCACCAUUUUUCUUGGUUCCAUCUUUAGUCUCAUGGGCAUGAUCCUUCUAUGGUCAACAACAAUGUUCCCUAACACAAAACCACCCCCUUGUGACAUUCGGCUGCCUCAUUCGUGUAAAUCGCCAACAUUCAGUCAAAAUACUCUCCUUUUUUGGGCUUUUGCUUUUAUGUCCAUUGGAGCUGGUGGGGUCCGCCCAUGUUCUUUGGCAUUUGGGGCGGACCAAAUCGACUCCAAGGAUAAUGCAAAGCGAGGGAGGCUGUUGGAGAGCUUCUUUGGAUGGUUUUAUGCCACAUCUAUUAUGGCUGUCAUGAUUGCACUUACGGGCAUUGUUUAUAUUCAAGAACAUUAUGGAUGGAGAAUUGGGUUUGGAGUCCCGGUUAUUCUCAUGUUCUUCUCUACUUUUAUCUUUGUCGUCGCGUAUCCUCUUUACUAUAAUAUGAAGGUCGAAAAAAGCUUAUUUACUAGCUUGUGUCAAGUGAUAUCGGUGGCUUGGAAAAAUAGAAAGCUUGAGUUACCCAACUCGGUUGAUGCCUCGUGGUACAACAAAACUGAUGCAAACGUCACUAAGCCGACCGAUAAGUUAAGGUUCUUGAACAAGGCUUGCAUUCUUAGCAAAUCCGAAGGUAUGACCUUUGAAGAUCCUUGGACCAUAUGCACGGUUGAUCAAGUCGAAGAGCUAAAGGCACUCGUUAAAGUGAUCCCAUUAUGGUCUUCAUGUAUAAUGUUAUCAGUCCUCAUGAGCCAAAUCACAUUUCCUGUCGUCCAAGCUUCAACCAUGGACCGACACAUCACAUCAACACUUGAAAUCCCCGCUGCCUCAUUCGGCUUUUUCACAAUCGUAACGAUAUUGGUUUGGGUUGUACUAUAUGACCGCGCUAUCAUCCCUUUAUUAUCGAAAAUUCAAGGGAAGCCCGCUUAUAUAAAUGUAAAACUAAGAAUAGGGGCGGGCCUCGUGAUCUCAAUAAUCGCGACAGUCAUUGUAGGGCUUGUAGAGCACAUAAGAAGAAAUAAAGCUAUUGAAGAAGGGCUUUUGAAUAAUCCUCAAGGGGUUGUAAAAAUGUCCGCGAUGUGGCUUAUUCCACAUCAUGUCCUAUACGGGUUGGCGGAUGGUUUGAACAUAAUUGGUCAAAUAGAGUUCUACUAUCAUGAAUUCCCGAAGAGUAUGACAAGUAUCGCGUCCGCUCUUUAUAUGCUCGGCUCGGGGUUUGGACACUUGUUUGCUAGUGUUAUUCUAAGCAUUGUGGAUGGUUUAACAAAAGGGGAUGGAAAAGAGAGUUGGGUUGCUACUAAUAUUAAUCAGGGUCAUUAUGAUAAGUAUUAUUGGCUCCUUGGUAUUAUGAGUUGCAUAAAUAUUUUGUAUUUUGUUAUUUGUAGUCGGGCUUACGGACCGCGUGCAGAUAAAAUGGUAGUCGAGGCUGAUCAUAAAACUAGUGACUCCAGCGACGAACGUGGGUCGAGAAACUAGGAUUAUAAGUUUGAACGGUUUAUAUGUUUCGAGCUCUACAUUUGCAGAUGCAUUUGUAGUUUAUUAAAGUUAAUGUUACGUGUCUAAGUGUUUAUGUGGUUUUCACAGUUCUGUUUUGAAUUUACCAUUAUAUAUGUGUAUUUUUUUUAUUUAUUUUUUUGAGCUUUACAUCUGUAGAGGCACAUUGAUUGCAAAACCAAAAGUAAGUUGAGUAUUUGCAAGAUUUGUGCGAACAACUGUACCAUACACUUUAUAAAGGAUGUCACAGAAAUAUUCAUAUUA